AGGCUCAGCUAGACAUGUAUUUACCCAUAUCCGGGUUAGAGAGGAAAGGAAAGUUUGAUUUUUAAAACAGAUUUGGAGAAAGUUUGCUAUCUGUUUAACCAAAAAGAGGAAGAGGAAAACAGAAUGUAAUAUAUUAUAAUAAUCACCCAUGCAACAAAAGAGAGCUUGAGCCUCCCCCUCCCUCCUCCCCUCCUUAACUCUUGUUUUCAAUCUGGAGGAGGACGAGUUUUUCCCCCCUUUUUAAUAAUAUUUAAUGAUCGGGUGUAAAAGGAAGGGAAGAAGCAGACGUGUCUGUGUGUGUCUCUCCUUCCUCUCUCCGCCUAAUUUUCUCUCUCUCACACAGAGAUGAUCAUGGCCGCUCAAGUAGCAGCAGCUCCGGCCAACAGUAACGGCGGCGGCGGUAGCAGCAGCAGCAACAACAGCAGCCCAGGCAGCCGCGACCCCGACACCAUCAACAACAGCAAGCCGGCGGCUCCCACUCCUACUCCGGCUACGGGAGGAGAUCCCAGCGGCGGCGGCGGUGGCUUGAACCUCAACAGCGUUGAUCAUCAUCACCAUCCCCGUCACCAUCACCACCACCACCACCACCACCUUCACCAUCUUCACCACCACCCCCUCCAGCAGCAGCAGCAGCAGCAGCACCACGGCGAGCUCAACAUGGCCAACUCCUCGGGCCCGGCGAGCAGCAACAACGGUGGUGGUGGUGGUGGUGGCGCAGCUGGGGGCUCGGGGUCCAACCCCAACCCCAACGCGAACCCCGUCCCCGUCCCCGUCCCCGAGCCGGCGCACAAAGAGCCCGCCUCGGCCUCGCCUUCCUCGGCAUCCACCGCCUCCUCCUCCUCCUCCUCCUCCUCCUCCUCCUCGGCCGCCAGCGAGGCGGGGAUAAUCCCCAAUCACAAAGUGAAGGCGAGCGGCGCCGAGUUGCUGCUCGCCCCCCAUCACCAAGGAGAAGCGGCGGCGGCGGCGGCGGCGCGGACACUCAACAUGGAGGCGGCGGCGGCGGCGGCGGCAAAGACAACAGCCUCUUAG